AAAUAUAUACAUACACAUAUAUAUAUAUAUACACAUGUGUCAUGUCCAUUGUAUAUGCAAUUAAAGAUCAGAAAGCCGCCAGAGAGGUUGAUAUAUCAUUAACUUCCGACCAAUCUGAUAUUUUUAUACUUUUCCAUCACCAUUUAGAUCCCACAAUAACUCACUGCAUAGAAGUUUCAUCUCCAAAGCAAAACAUCGCAAAGUUCCAUCGUUAGUUUAAUGUUUUUCUCCAACAUGGUUAGUUUAAUAACCAUUUUUGGGUUGCUAGGCAACAUUACGACAGGUCUGGUUUACCUGGCUCCAGCCAAAACAUUCUGGUACAUCAUGCAGCGUCGAUCCACCGAGGAAUUCGAUUGUCUUCCUUACGUUGUCAAACUAUUAAAUGGAUAUAUGUGGGUUUACUAUGGAAUUGUGAAACCUCACAGUAUACUUGUAGCCACCAUUAAUGCCUUCGGUGCCGUCCUUGAGCUUGUAUAUGUGACCAUAUUCCUCAUCUUUGCACCUCCCAGGACGAGAGCUAUAACUGCGACACUUUUCGGAGUGUUGGAUGUGGUGUUCCCAAUAGGAGCAGUGUUGGUUACUCAGAUUUUUUGUAAUAGAGAAAUGCAAAUCGAUGUUUCAGGAUUCUUGUCUCUGCUUUUCAGUGUUGCAACCUAUGGUUCACCUCUUUCUAUCAUGAAAACAGUGGUGAGAACAAAGAGUGUGGAGUACAUGCCAUUCCUCCUGUCUUUCAUCCUUUUCAUCAAUGGGUUAACAUGGACUGUUUAUGCACUGCUUACUAAUGACUGGUUCAUUGGAAUACCAAAUGGGAGUGGGUUUGUUCUUGGAACAGCUCAGUUGGUGCUUUAUGCAAUAUAUUGGAAACCUAAACAAUCAAAAACAACAUCUGAUCAUGUUGAUGAUGGAUGGCAGCAUGAGAGCCUCAUGUUAAAUAAUUAAAUGAUUGGGUUGUUUGAGUAUCUAUUUAGUGAUAUGACUAAUGAUUAUCCAACUAAUCAUUUAUUUGUACAAUAAUUAAAAUGUUAAAUAAUGUGGUGAGGUUUGUUCACGGUUGGUUAAUAGCCUGCGUGGGAUAUGUGUUUCAAGUAAUCUGUAAAAUAAAAAACAGGUUAAAACUUUGAUAUGA